AUGGCUGACCCCAAUGCCUCCUCCGAUUACCUCCCGCAACCCACUCGCGACCGAGCCGACAGCAUGAUGUCGAAUAAAGCGCUCCCAGAGGGUAGCGGUGGUCCCUUGAACGGCACCGCCGAGCUCGCCAGCCCCCUUGCUGCCCCUCCCGACCUAGCACCACCUGCGAUCACCACAACAGCCCCAGCCGGACCCAGCUCUGGGGUUGAGAAGAUGGUCCAGGACGUGCUUACAUCUGAGAUUGGGGUUGCCACAAUGCUCAACCGGCUGAAGCAAAGCAUCGCAUCGGCAAAGGAAUUUGCCAAUUUCCUCAAGAAGCGAGCCUCCAUCGAAGAAAACAACUCGACCAUGCUGAAACGGCUAUCUCAGGGCACGUCAGACAACAUGCGCCGCGCCGACCAUCUUGGAGGCACGUUCAACAGAGCCUUCGACGGCAUGAUGACCAUCCACGAGCGGAUCGCCGAAAACGGGCUGCAGUACGCCAUGUCGCUCCACCAAAUGAACGAGGAUCUGGUCGAGCUCGCCGCCAUAGCCGAGAAGCAGAGGAAGGGCUGGAAACAGUCCGGACUGGCGGCAGAGCAGCGGGUUUCGGACGUCGAGGCUCAGAUGCGAAAGUCACAGUUGAAAUACAACUCCUUGGCGGAGGAGUACGACCGGGCGAGGACGGGCGACAGCUCAAAGAGUAGGGUGUUUGGCAUCAAGGGCCCAAAGUCUGCUGCCCAGCAUGAGGAAGAGCUGCUGCGCAAGGUGCAGGCCGCCGAUCAAGACUACCAGAACAAGGUCCAGAUACUGCGGCAGGAGAGGGGCCAACUGAUAUCGACGACGAGGCCUGAGGCCAUCAAGGCGCUGCAGGAUAUUGUUAGAGAGUGUGACUCUGGAUUGCUACUGCAGAUGCAGAAAUUUGCGUCGUUCAACGAGAAGCUCCUGCUGAGCAAUGGGCUGAGUAUCAGCCCGCUCAAGAAUGGGAACUCAAACCGGCCGGAUUCCAUGAGCCUCAGGGAGAUCGUCAACAAUGUCGAUGCGCAGAAGGACCUCAGCGACUUUUUGUGCCAAAACCACAGCAAAGUCGCUCCGCAGACGGGAGAGCCAAAAUAUGAGCGCCAUCCUGUGAGUCGCGCCCAGAUCAUAUAUGAGCCAGCCACUAAAGAAGGGGCUGGCCAUCCAUCACAGAGCCAGACUGUGAAGGCCCAACCACCAUCAACACUAUCACCGCUUCCUCCUGAUGGCAGGCAAGACACAUACCAGCAGGGCCCACCGCUCAGCGCACCUCAGGGUCAACAAGCUCCACCGUUCAACCAGGGUUCGGAUUGGCCCAAGGGAUCAAUGCUGAUGUCAGGCGCCCAACGGCCUGCUUCCUCGAACCAGCAACAUGAGCGCAGCUUUAGUUCAGGCAGCAUGUUGGGUACGUCUGGGCCAACCGCAUCGCAGCCACCUUACAGCAAUAGGAACUCUGUGGGCCCAGGUGCGCUGUUGGCCAUGCAGCAUGGUACCGCCAACUCGCGAUAUAACAGCGGCUUCGGCCCAGCGCAAGGACCGCCGCAGCUUGGUGCGCUACCGUUUCAGGAGCCCUCUCCAGCUACACAGGGACCAUCAUUUGCGCCGGACGGUCCGGCGCGGGAGCAGCAGGCACCACAGUUCCCUCCCCAAGGCUCGACAGCGCCGGCCCAAGAGCCUUCCAUGCCGGUCUUUGGCGUGUCGCUUAGCAGGCUGUACGAGAGGGAUGGGUUGGCCGUGCCAAUGGUGGUUUAUCAGUGCAUCCAGGCCGUCGAUCUCUUCGGGCUGAACGUAGAAGGCAUCUACCGGCUUUCUGGGUCAUUGCCUCAUGUCAACAAGCUGAAGAGCAUGUUUGACACCAAUACCACAUCACCAGAACUCGACUUUAGGAAUCCCGAGAACUUCUACCACGACGUCAACAGUGUGGCCGGCCUCCUCAAGCAAUUCUUCCGGGACCUGCCUGAUCCGCUGCUUACCAGAGAAUAUUAUGAGAACUUCAUCGAAGCAGCCAAACAUGAAAACGACAUCGUCCGCCGUGACUCUCUCCAUGCCACCAUCAACAACCUCCCCGACCCGAACUACGCCACGCUCCGCGCGCUAAUGCUGCACCUGCACCGUGUCGUGGAGAACUCUGGCUCGAACCGGAUGACGAGUCAGAACCUCGCUAUUGUUUUUGGGCCGACACUCAUGGGCGGUGCACAGAAGCGAAACAUCGCGGACUCGGGAUUCCAGUGCAAAGUCAUCGAUACGAUUCUACAAAAUACGCUACAGAUAUUUGAUGACGACUAA